UAUAAACAACCAGCCAUUUUUUACAAAAAAAAAAAUUUCCAUGUGCAUGCUACGUAAAGAAAUGGCGACUGAGGAAGGGUUCGAUGACCAGCAGAGCAGAGGGAAUCAGGGCACGAAUGGGGACGGGGAGCGAAACGAGGGAUCGGCAAGGGAUCGAGAGUCAGCUAAACUGGAAGGAACCCGAGAAGACGGAAAGGACCUCUCAACUGGAGAAAGCUCGGGGAAAGCUGGGGGUAGCAAAAGGGGACCCCAGGAAAACAGGAAAGGGGGAAAUGAUAUAAGAGCAAGCCCUCGGAACUCAGCAGGAGUCACCCCUAAAAAGACAAAAGUCUCGGAUGCCAGUCGUAAACUGGCAGAGAUAGAAAAACAGACUGCAAAAUUUAGGGCAAGGCUUAUCGAGCAGAUGAUGGCCGGGGAUGAGGAGGACCCCCAGGGUGCAGGGUCACGUGAGGGGCGUAGGACCGGUCAGGAUGAGGCCAGGCAUGAGAGGAAGGAUAAUAGCCAUAAAGGAACGCCUAGCAAGAAGGGGAAGGACAAGAGCGACCCCCCGGCGGAAGGAACGGAAAACGCUAUGACACCACCCACCAUCGACAGCGGCACUAGCAGACUACCUGCCACGCCGAAAGUAACAGGGGCGUGCGACAGACUCUGGAGCCUUAGGGAGAGAGUGCUAGGAUGGUUCGACCCAGAAGGAACGUCGAAAACCAGGGAGAAGCAAAAGGAAAGCAAGGAAGGGGAAGGAACCAGUGCAGUCGGGGAAGCGGGUGGCUCCGAAGAUGGUCUCAAGAAAGUAGUCGCCACCCUCAACAGGACACUGAACAAGAACCAGGGGUAUCUCGCAGAUGCAAAAAAGAAACUCACGUUCGAUGGGGCCAACAUUACGGAGUUUCUAAUAGACUAUGAGAACCUAGCAGCCUUACUGAAAUGGACGGAAGAGGAGAAGAUGGAGCACCUAGGGCAGCACGUGUCACUGAGCUUAGGAAGGGACAUUAUGGCCAUCGUCGCCUCCAGUGAAUCCUGGAAAGAAUCCAGGAAUGAGAUAAUGAGGAAAUACCUGAAGGCAGAGAAAAUGGCAACAGAGGCCAAAUUAGCCGCAGUCCAGAGGAAGAACUAUGCGACGUACAACGAUUUCCUAAGGGCGUUCACGUUAGUGGCUCUGCGAAUUACCGGGGUAACGGAUCGCAUAAUGAGUAAAUACUUCCUCAGGCAGUUUUCCGAGUUUGAUAAAGAUAAGAUUUUGUCAGCGUACCAGCAGACCAGUAAGUUCGAGUACACGAGAGAUGUGGACUUCAGCACCGUAACAGACCUUGCGGAAAAGACAGUGGUCACCGAGACGCUGGCCCUGCUUAAGAAAGGGGAGGUCAUAGAUCUGACCGGGAAGACGGGAGAUAAGGUCAAGAAGGGGAUAGAGAGCCUGCACGAACGGGUGCACGGGGUUGACAGCAAGAUGGACAAAAUGGAAAAUGCGCUGUUAGUAAUGCAGGCACAAGUGUCCAGAUCCGCAUUCCCGCCCCAAGAGGCCGUGGUUCCAGCAGCUGUAGCAAACCGGGGGUUUGGCAGGAGGGACUCGGCCAACGAAUAAUGCAAGUAUUGCACCAUGAUCGGGCAUUUCGUACGGGCCUGUCCGAGACUCAAUCACGAUAUC